AUGGCCCCGCAGUCCGGGAGGUGGCGGCGGCCCCGCGGAGGGAGCGCCCGGAGCUUGUCGCGCCGCCGCCGCCGCCGCGGGGCCGAGCGGGGCCGCGGCCCCUUUAAGAGCUUCACCUGUCGGCCGCGGCCUCGCCGCGACGCGCGGCCCGGAAACGGAAGCGGAGCGGGAGGGGCGGACGGCCGGAAGCGGCGGCGUGAGGGGAGGAUGCCGCUGCCCGUCCAGGUCUUUAACCUGCAGGGUGCAGUGGAGCCCAUGCAGAUUGACGUAGAUCCACAAGAAGAUCAGCAAAAUUCACCUGAUAUCAACUAUGUGGUGGAGAACCCCACGCUGGAUUUGGAGCAGUAUGCGUCCAGCUACAGUGGGCUGAUGCGAAUAGAGCGGCUGCAGUUCAUCGCUGAUCACUGCCCACAGCUGCGGGUGGAAGCUCUCAAGAUGGCUCUGUCAUUUGUCCAGAGAACUUUUAAUGUUGAUGUGUAUGAAGAAAUCCACAGAAAGCUGUCUGAGGCCACGAGAGAACUGCAAAAUACACCUGAUGCUGUCCCUGACAGUGGAAUUGAACCCCCUCCUUUAGACACAGCUUGGGUUGAAGCUACACGCAAAAAAGCUCUUCUUAAACUGGAGAAACUUGAUACAGAUCUGAAAAAUUACAAAGGGAACUCCAUCAAGGAGAGUAUCAGGAGAGGCCACGAUGAUUUGGGUGAUCAUUACCUGGACUGUGGAGACCUCAGCAAUGCUCUCAAGUGUUACUCGCGAGCCCGUGAUUACUGCACCAGUGCUAAGCAUGUCAUCAACAUGUGUCUCAAUGUUAUCAAGGUCAGUGUCUACCUCCAGAAUUGGUCUCAUGUUCUGAGCUAUGUAAGCAAGGCUGAGUCUACACCAGAAAUUGCAGAACAAAGAGGAGAAAGAGAUAGCCAGACACAAGCAAUUCUCACCAAACUGAAAUGUGCAGCAGGCUUGGCCGAACUAGCUGCACGGAAGUACAAACAAGCAGCAAAGUGCUUCUUGUUGGCAUCAUUUGAUCACUGUGAUUUCCCUGAGCUGUUAUCUCCCAGCAAUGUGGCUGUGUAUGGUGGGCUCUGUGCCCUUGCUACAUUUGACCGUCAAGAACUGCAACGAAAUGUUAUCUCCAGUAGCUCCUUCAAAUUGUUUCUGGAGCUGGAGCCACAGGUUCGUGACAUCAUCUUCAAGUUUUAUGAAUCUAAGUAUGCUUCAUGCCUGAAGAUGCUGGAUGAGAUGAAGGACAACCUGCUGCUAGAUAUGUACCUUGCACCUCAUGUCAGGACACUUUAUACCCAGAUUCGAAAUCGUGCCCUUAUCCAGUACUUCAGCCCCUAUGUGUCGGCAGACAUGCGCAAGAUGGCCACUGCUUUUAACACCACAGUGGCUGCUCUGGAAGAUGAACUCACUCAGCUGAUCUUGGAGGGCCUGAUCAAUGCCAGAAUAGACUCACACAGUAAAAUUCUGUAUGCUCGAGAUGUAGAUCAGCGCAGCACAACUUUUGAGAAGUCUUUACUGAUGGGCAAAGAGUUUCAGCGCCGUGCCAAAGCGAUGAUCCUGCGAGCUGCAGUCCUGCGCAACCAGAUCCAUGUCAAGUCUCCUCCGAGGGAAGGUAGCCAAGGGGAGCUCACUCCAGCUAACAGCCAAUCCAGAAUGAGCACCAACAUGUGAAAAACUUCGUGCACUACCAAAAGAAAUGGUCCCUCAGGACUGUACCCAGUGUCUCACCCACUAACUGCUGAGCUUCACAAACUGUCCCUCUCUCCCUCACUUCUUGCUUGGAUUGAGAGAGUCAGGGUUGGUGGUGGAUAAUAUGAAUAUUCCAAUAACUUCAAUUCUCCUUGAAAAGAAAUUCUUUUUAAAAACAGCAUCCCUGCAAAUGGGUCAUCAUUUCAGUUUUGGUAGAAAACCUUCACUCUCCUUCCACCACUCCAUAAAGAGCUUCAGGUUAUCCAUAUAGAUGCUGAGUUGAGAGUUUUUCAGCUGCUAAUAGUUUUUGUUGUUUCAAAGCUGCAAAAAUAGUUAGUUGAAUGGACAGGCACGAUAUAAGAUGAAUUUUGCUGGCCUGAAAGUAUUGCCUCAAUUUUGAGCAAUGCUGAGCUUUCUGUUUUCCAAAUAAACUUACAAGUGCAUUGCUCUCAUUUAUGGAGCUUGAGUUCUGAUGGGGGAGGAGAUUUCCUUUGAGAAACUCUUGGAGAAUUUUCAGUUCUACCAGAAAACACGGCAUUGCUUCCAUGCAUUCAGUCACAGGCCUUUAUUUUAGGGUUUUAUGUUUACCUGCAGCCAGGUUCUCUCUCUCUCUGGUCUCUGUUUUCAAAGAACUGUUUCCUGAUGUGUUUCCCUCUUUGUGCGACCUGGCUUUAGGGUCCAGUGUUACCAUAGCAGUAAAUCUCUACUUCAUGCAAAUAUUGCUGCUUGCCCAGUCUUACUGCCAUAGUGUGUGAUGGUUUCCCCGCAUCCCCACACGUGCAAGUUGUUUUGGGUAGAAUGGAUAAAUGCCGUAAAAAACACCACUCAAGUCUUGUGUAAGCCCUGUAAGUCAGUCUAGUGCUCACUCUCCAGGUGCAUUUAUUCUGCUUUUCUUUUUCUAAAGGGGUUAAAGGUGGCAGCCCAGUGUGUGUGUGUGUGUGUGUGUGUGUGUUCUUCCUGUGUUCAUGAAAAGAGAUAUGCACUGAAUUUUCUGAAGUCACUGCAGCCUUGUAUUCAUCUAACCCAUAAGGCAAGCUGAGAAUUUUGAUCCAGCCCUGACUGGUCUGGCAAGUGACUGGAGAUGUUACUUUUAAUGUGUUCAUGCUUUUUUUUUUUUUUUUUUUUUUAAAUAAGUUGUUAUAUCUAGUGCAUUAAACAGCAGGAUUAAAAAACUACUGAGUAUUUGGAAUUUUGUGUUAAAGUUGGGUUUUAGGUAUUUUGAACUCAAGCCAUUGAUUUUUUUGCUAAGCUUCAUGAUGUUUCAUAGGCAAUUGUUUUGCUUUGUGAUCUGGUUGGAGAUGCAGCUUGGAUGAAAUGUAAAGAAAGUGCAGUUUGAAGAAGCAUUUGAACAGCAAAAUUCCUGUAGCAACAGUGGUCUCUCCUGGCUUUCCGUGCUUUUUAUUACUUAGGUGCUGAAAAUGGAAGCAGUCAGGUCUUUGGUUACAUUUGGCAUGGAAAAAUUCUCCCAUUUUUGCGGGAAGAACUUAGUGUCAAGCAUUGCUGAUGGCCAGUUUAGUGAGAAAGGCAAGUUGAGUCCUUGGGUAAAUUGCUGUACGUCCUUAUAAGAAAUGCAGGGAAAGUACUGUUAUGCUUUCUGUUUGUGCUGAAGGGAAGCUUUUCAGUCCUAAAAUGCUACUCAAACAUUCUUGCUUUCUUCCCCAGAUAGGCCAGUGAUAGUAUUUAUAUGGUAAAGAUGUUACACUCUGCUCUUUAGGAGAUGGUUUUGCAUCCCAGUGAAGUGCACCAUGCCAGGUGGCUGUCUGUGCUCCCGCUUUCGGGAUUUUUAUUUUAUUUAUUUAUAUCAGUGCCUUGCUGGAGGAUUUCUGCUGCAGGACUCCUCAGUGGUGUCUUAAGCUGACUGGAGUCUCUGUACUUCCAGACACCAGCAGCAUCACACAUCCCUCAGCAAGGGGCCCAUAAGGUGGCAACAGCAGUUUCCAGCUCUGGCUCUGACCCAAGGCCAUUCUGUAGCACUGGCAAGGCGUGGUUUUCAUCCCCCCAGACAAAAGUGCUUGCAGCUUCUUUGGGAGUGAUGGAGCAUUUCUCUUUUAUUACAUUGGCAUCAUGGAUGCCAAUUCUGCUUUAUGCAGAAUUACUGGCAUUACUUUAGCCUGUGAAAGAGGCUGCUGUUGCUUUUGGAUCUUGUAGAUGGGAGUCAGGGCUGUCCAGGCAUGUUUCUUCUAGACAUUGUCCAACACCUGCCUCAGUCCUAACUCCCUGCCAGUCUCAAACCCCACAAAAUACAACACAGUAUGGAUAUAUUUCUAGGUAAAUUGCAUUCAUAAGCAGUCUCCCCCAGUAAAAAUGAAUCUUACCUUAAAUCUCUAUGUAAUUUCCCAAGUAAUAAACGGGGAAAUGGUGACCCACAUAGACUGAAUUUUCAGUGAUUCCCUGUGACCACCAAGGUCAUUCAGUGGAUGAAGUUUUGUGGAAUGUGUAGCAUGUUGGUAUGUCUAAGAUACGAUCAGAGGGGCCCAUUUGUAUGGAUUUAAUGAACUUGUGCAUAACUUUUUGUUAAGGAACUGCCAGUGGUAGGCCAUGACAGGUUUCUCAUGCAGUGUAAAUCCUGCUUUCUUUACAUGACCUUGCUAGGACUAAAGGAAAAAUAGUUGAAAAGAACCUUGUUCUUUUGGCAAAGGCAGUUUUAAUUAGCAUAAUCACUCUAAGUGGUAAUGUAGAAGCUGCCACUGUGAGAUUUGUGUUAGAGUAGUUUGGGGUGAUUGGUAAUUAUCUGCCCAGAACUUGUCCAGCACAGUGGUCUGUGUUGCUAAGUUUAGCAGGGGGAGGUCUGUUUAGAGGUGAUAAUGGACCAUGGCUGGUGCAGCAUCAUCUGUGAGCUGCUUUUGGCUGAAAGGGGUCAGUGGGUGAGGGAGAAAACAGAGCUCAGUCUUUGCCGCAGGCCAUGUGGGUAUGACCUGUACAUCUCUCCUGUGACUCUGCAGCAAAGGUCUUAGCACUGUUUCAUCCUCUGGAUAGCUCCCAAAACUGACACUGAAUAAGGUAUUAUUUCUGAUAUGUGCAAUGUAAUAUAAACUUUCAGGGAAAGAAAAAAGAGGAAACUUCAAUCUGACGAAGACCCAUCCUGUAUUGGUACAAAGUGCUUGUCAAGCACUGAUUCAUUUUUCUUUUAAAGUCUCAGCCAAAUUAAUUUGACUAUUUGAGAUUCUUCUGUCAUCUUCAUUACUCUUUAUGAAGCAGAUAGCAGUGGGGCAGCAGUGUGCCGCAUGGGACAGUGCUCUAAGUAUUUUUUAUACCACUUGUGACAGCUGAGGCUGAGACAAGUCAGCGUUUCACUUCUCUGGUAUUCCAUCAGCUGUGAAUUUGCAGUAGGGUGAAAAACACCAAACUGGUGUGGAAUUGAAUUCUGCUUCCUCUGAUGCUGUUAGAGAAUAGGGAAAGGAUUACUGUCUGCUUUGCAAAUGAGUUUUGUACUUAAAAGUAAUGUUAUUUUGGCUUAUGUGUUCUUAAGGAUCUGUGAACUCCAUUCAGCAUUUCAUAGGGUUGCUGUACACAACCCUAGGAUAACUUGAUUAGGCUAAAUUAGUUAGAAAAGGGAACAGAAACUGGCUAAUAGGUCAUGUCAAGCUCUAAGAGAAAAUGUUCAAGAUUCACUAAUUAGAGGCUUCGUAAUUCAUAAUACAAUUAAGUCUCUUGACAUCAAAGAAAUAAUUCAGGCUUAGGCCUUGGUAGAGUUACUAAAGCUACAGACUGAAGGACAGUUGCAUUAGCAAGAGAUAGUCUAAUUCAAACAAGAACUCAAGUGGCAGGACCUGAAAAAUCUGGUUUAGGUGGUAGAUCAGGCUCGGUAUUCUUUUUGUCCCUGACCCUACAGGUACCACUGUUUCAGUUCUCUAAGCUUUCAGCUCUAGCUUUCACUAUUGUACUCCCUGUGCCUGUAGUCGAUACAACUGUGAACCCUCUGCACUUCAAAGGUUGUAUCCCAUAAAUACAUGCUGAAAUCUCAGAGUCUCAA